ACAAACCAACGUCUCGGUCGACUCCCUCUUGUUAUUGGUAUGCCUGUGAUGAUAACACAGAACUUCGACGUCGAGUCUGGUGUUGUAAACGGUUGUCAAGGGAUUUUGAAAAGUGUACGGUAUAGAGUCGAUGAUCAGGGGUUUCGUCAUGCGAUUUCUUGCGUGGUGGAAGCCAAAGAUACGAACGCGAGAGAAUCUUUGCCUUUCUUGAGCAGCAAUCAACACGUUGCAGUGAUUGAAGACAAAAUUAGUAUG